AUGAGUGUCAUCUAUGAAAAUUAUAUCGACAAACCGGAUCCAUCUAUCUUUUAUUAUGACAUGAGUCAUAUCAGCAAUUUUCCAAACGAGGAAGAAGUUUUGCUUCGGAUUGGAACUACUUUUAAAGUAGUAAGCGUUGAAAAAUUAUUCGAUAAUAUAUGGCAUGUUAUGUUACGUCUUGAAAAAGUUAAUGAUGAUCGGGCAAAAAACAUAGUUCAUCGAACACCAAUUGAAAUUGUUCAAUAUUUUUUCCGCAAAGCAAGUCAAAAACAAAAAACUAAUGUGAAAAAUAUUAUUAGUGAACGUUUGUCUUCAAAUACUAUAGUCAGUAUGAGUGUUUUUAUUCGUCUUGGUCAUUUAUUUAAACAUCAUCCUCGAGAACAACAUCAGUAUUAUCAAUCUGCAUUGUCACUUAUACUUUCGAAUGAAUCAACUCUUUUAGAAGUUGGUUAUUUGGCUAUUAGAAUGUGA